AUGUCAAGCGCCGGAUCUCUGGAGACGAUGAUGUCCUGCGGUCGGACCAGACCUACCGCGGCUCCCAAGACGCUCGCUUUCUCAAUUGACCGAAUCAUGUCCAAGAGCUCGGAGCCGAAAGGGAGCGCGGAGGAGCGGUCAGAGGCGAAGAAGCUGCUCGGACUCUGUUCGCCGAUCCCCUGCAUGAUUCCGCUGCAGCCUUUCGGCUAUGACCUCCAGGCCAAGGCCCUGAUGAACUACUCGGAGCUUUGGCGAGCAAGUCUCAGGGGAAGUUUUUGCGGCUCCGCGAGCGCGCCGUGUAAGGGGAGCUGCGGCAUGUGCGCCAAAAUAGACUCGGGGCUGAAGCAGCCUGUGUUGACGACGGGAAGCAGGGUGGUGAAACCGCAGGUGAUCCACCAGGCUGUCGCCAUGCCAAGUGGCUCCCUCUAUUAUCUCAACUACCUGGACUCUGCCUAUCCCCAGUCGGACUUUCUGGCGGGACACUGGCUCACUAGCCCGCAAGCUCAGGCCUCCCUCUCGGCUCACCACAGACUUUUGCUCCUGGAAAAUGCCAAACUGGCCGGGAGCGCAGGUGGUGACAAGAUUCCCACACAUCAAUACCCUCACAAGGAGCAUCUUCCGGGACAGCUAGACCAGAUUGUGAAGGAGAACCACAGCUCUAGCGCCGAAAAAAACGGAUUCAAGACUCAUAAACUCAGCAGCAGCAGCGGCAGCAGCGGCGGCAACAGCAGCACUGGAGACGGAAAACCUAAAAACUUCACAUGUGAAGUGUGUGGAAAGGUUUUUAACGCACACUACAAUUUGACCAGACACAUGCCGGUGCACACUGGGGCCCGUCCAUUCGUGUGUAAAGUGUGCGGGAAAGGCUUCCGACAGGCCAGCACGUUGUGCAGACACAAGAUCAUCCACACACAGGAAAAACCACAUAAAUGCAACCAGUGUGGGAAAGCGUUCAACAGAAGCUCCACGCUCAACACACACGUACGGAUCCACGCCGGGUACAAACCUUUCGUGUGUGAAUUCUGCGGGAAAGGAUUUCACCAAAAAGGUAACUACAAGAACCAUAAACUAACUCACAGUGGGGAGAAGCAGUACAAGUGCUCCAUCUGCAACAAGGCCUUCCACCAGAUCUACAACUUGACCUUCCACAUGCACACGCACAAUGACAAGAAGCCGUUCACUUGUGCCACCUGUGGAAAAGGCUUCUGUCGCAACUUUGAUCUGAAGAAACACAUCAGGAAACUGCAUGACAGCUUCUCUUCUGCCACAGAUAGAGAACCCAGGGAGCUCCAGAUCUGA